AGCCAUUUUGUCUCAAGCCAACAUUCCCAAAGGCUGACGUAUGCAAUAGGCGUGAAGCACAAGGCUCAUGAGUCCCUUGCGGUUCUUGUGCGUCGUUGCUGUGCCAUGCUUGGCAAUCGAUGGCGGAGAUGUGCUGGAUGCCAUGCUCGGUUCAGCACCUGAGGCGCAGCCGGUGGUUGUAGAUCCUGCUCUUCCCAAAGCACCGCCACCGAUCAUCUCUCCCAACAAGCCCGGAUGCGCUGUGGACCUGACCUCAGUGCUCUACACAUUGACGUUGGUCAGCCGCUACAUCACGUACUCCACAACAGACUGCUCCCAGCCAGGCCAAACAUCAGCAGUCUGUGCGGACGAUAUCACCAGCACGAUCAGACGAGUCGCGAGCACCGUCAGCUAUCUCGCUGACGCAGUGUUCACAUGUGGCAAUGUGGAUGGGUCUUGCACGCAGACAAUUUCAGGCGCCAUAGCAGCUGUGGCCUCCGCCACUGAUGACAUGGUCAUGUUGGAGCCCACAUGCUUUGACGAGCUGUUGUGUACCUAUCAAGUCUUCAGCUUUCUUAGCGACGGAGUCAGUGCAGCAAAGAACAUUGACACGGCCGUCCUGCAGUGCCAGAUUCAAGCAGAUGGGGGCGAUGAUGGGGACGACGGCGACGAUGGGGCCGAUGGGGACGGAGGUGGCGACAGCGGGGGGGCGCCUGCGCCCGCACCCCCACCGCUGACGGCUGAUCAAGUGGCUGCACUGUACCCGGGCGCAACGACUCUAGCACCACAAAGGUUGUUGCCGGAGGCCCUCCGAGGAUCAGGUGCCCGUCACCCGUCAGUGCUCCCGCCCAACUCCGACGGCUUGGAUUGAGCGACUUAUGCUUGCCUUAUCCAUGUAGACAGUUACCAGCAUCUCUCCCAAUCUCUUGAUCAGAAUCCCUGCUACUUG